ACUUAAUCACUGAGAUGCAGUACCGUGCCUCGCAGUAGAGGUAUUCGCGUGGUAACGUCGUAGCAAACUGUCCCUAAGGCCAACUCCGAAAAUAGAACUCAGAGCACUGACGGUGUUGAAGGCAAUAGGCUAUCCCACUGGCACAACACAAACAAAAACAAAACCACCUUUGAGUGCCGAUUUCACAGUUUACUUAACAAGGAGUAGCCAUGGAGCAUGAAGAAUUGCACCGUUUUGCAAGGAAAAAGCGAAGGACUCGCCUCUGCCUAAUCAUGGGUCUCUGUGCAGUACUUUCACUUGUCGUUAUCCUCGCUAUUUCUCUGGGAGUAGUGAACAGUCACGUACUGUCUAGUUCUAGCCCAUCGAGUGAAAGCCUAAAAAAAACGAUUAUUGACAAAUGUGAAGCAUUUAUACAGAACAACAAAUCUUCAAGUGCAAACAACUGUGAAAAGAUAUGGAGUGCAUUUCAGCAAGCAUUCGUGGGGAGGGACCCAUGUAAUGUACCGAUGGAGGCCUAUGACGCCCUUAUCCAUACUGUGAUCCAGGAUCCCGUCUGUAACAGGAUGUUGUUCUGGAGCAAAACAAAGAAAAUAGUGCAUGACUUCACAGAGAAGCGAGAUUGCUUCUUGACCCUCGAGGACACGCUACUCGGCUUCAUCAUGAAUGGACUGACCUGGUGUGGCAAGGAGGAGAGCAAUGAAACGUUCACCACAGGGUGCCCAGGCUGGACAGACUGUGUCAACAACACAGUUCGUUCAUUCUGGAAUCGGGCCUCAGCAGCAUUUGCAGAUGCCGCAUGUGGUGAUGUCACAGCCAUGCUGAAUGGAUCUAUUGCCACUCCUUUCAGCCCCACCAGUAUUUUUGCCACCAUUGAGGUGAAAAGGUUCAAAGCUGCCAAAAUUAAGAGCCUGAGUGUUGUCCUGGUGACCAAGGAGAAUAAGGGGACAACCUGUGAUGAUCCCUCCUUACAGGACCUACAGAAAGAGAUAGAUCCAAAACUCAAGUAUAAUUGCAAGGCGGUUCCUGAGUCUAAGAUCCAGUACUGCAUUUCCCACCCAGACACAGCUUGUGGCGCCUGCUGGUAAUACUGUCCAAUCAGCAGUGACCAAGGCGUGGUCGUCAAGAGUAUAAAUGGAUAUUAUUCCAUCAUGGAACCAUGAACUAAUAUUUGAAGUGUCAUCAAGCAGCCCCAGGCAUAGCUUCCAUUCGGCAUAGCUUCCAUUCUUUACAGAAGUUCUUACAAUUUAAUCAUUUCUAUAGUAUCUACUUUUAUCUUAAAUAACAAUUGCACCCUUUAGCAACCUAAUUUUCAUUAUCUCCAACACAAUAGAACAGCGAUGCCAUAGGGGAACCAUUUUCAUGGGAUGGUUCUUUGAAGAACCAUACAAAAAUUCAAAUCCAAAAAUGUUUCGUUCCUCUAGGACCAGAAUUUAAAAGCCCUGCUGUAGAUUUUUAAGCCUUAUUUGCAUAUUUCCCAGGGUGCCUUUCACAUUAACUUUAGAGUUACCCAUGAAUGUGUUUGCUAGUGACAGAGAGAUGGCUGUUAUAAUAAUUUAUUUUCAGUCCUGUGGCCUUCAACAACUGAGAUCCUAAGUCAGUGGUCACUAACCAGUCAGUCAUCAAAUGGUUAAUCUCCAAGGCAUUUCUAGUCGAUCCUGAUUUUUGCAUUGUGCUGUUGGUGGUAGGUGCAUCCGAUUCAGCUGCCCUGUGUGCCGGGUAGGUGGAGUGUUCCAAUUUAGCACCAUUUAUUGUGUCCAAAGGUACAAAUCCGACUUCCCGGCGGGCCCAGAGAGCAAAUGAAGCCUAACGCUGGCCAAUUGGAUUUCUCAGAUUUGUCUGCAGCAACAUGGCAGGUGUAAAAACAAAAUGCUACAGCGAAGUUGAUACUGUGAAAUUUCAAAACUUCAUGAAAUCAUGACUAGAGAGAGACUGUCAUCGAAUACAGCAAAUACAGUUGAAGUCGGAAGUUUACAUUCACUCAGGUUGGAGUCAUUAAAACUAAUUUUUCAACCACUCCACAAAUUUCUUCUUAACAAACUAUAGUUUUGGCAGUCGGUUAGGACAUCUACUUUGUGCAUGACACAAGUGAUUUUUCCAACAAUUGUUUCCAGACAGAUUAUUUCACUGCAUCACAAUUCCAGUGGGUCAGAAGUGUACAUACACUAUUUGACUGUGCCUUUAAACCGCUAGGAAAAUUCCAGAAAAUUAUGUCAUGGCUUUAGAAGCUUCUGAUAGGCUAAUUGACAUCAUUUGAGUCAAUUGGAGGUUUACCUGUGGAUGUAUUUCAAGGCCUACCUUCAAACUCAGUGCCUCUUUGCUUGACAUCAUGGGAAAAUCAUAAGAAAUCAGCCAACCUACAUUUUUUUAUUGUAGACCUCCACAAGUCUGGUUCAUCCUUGGGAGCAAUUUCCAAAUGCCUGAAGGUACUAUGCUCAUCUGUACAAACAAUAGUACGCAAGUAUAAACACCAUGGGACCAUGCAGCCGUCAUACCGCUCAGGAAGGAGACACGUUCUGUCUCCUAGAGAUGAACGUAAUUUGGUGCGAAAAGUGCAAAUCAAUCCCAGAACAACAGCAAAGGCCCUUGUGAAGAUGCUGGAGGAAACAGGUACAAAGUAUCUAUAUCCACGGUAAAACAAGUCCUAUAUCGACAUAACCUGAAAGACCGCUCAGCAAGGAAGAAGCCACUGCUCCAAACCGCCAUAAAAAGCCAGACUACGGUUUGCAGCUGCACAUGGGGACAAAGAUCCUACUUUUUGAAGAAAUGUUCUCUGGUCUGAUGAACCAAAAUUGAAAUGUUGGCCAUAAUGACCAUCGUUAUGUUUGGAGGAGAAAGGGGGAGGCUUGCAAGCCGAAAGAACACCAUCCCAACCGGGUAGCACAGGGGUGGCAGCAUCAUGUUAUGGGGGUGCUUUGCUGCAGGAGGGACUGGUGCACUUCACAAAAUUGAUGGCAUCAUGAGGAAAGAAAGUGAUGUGGAUAUAUUGAAGCAACAUCUCAAGACAUCAGUCAGGAAGUUAAUGCUUGGUCGCAAAUGGGUCUUCCAAAUGGAUAAUGACCCCAAGCAUACUUCCAAAGUUGUGGCAAAUGGCUUAAGGACAACAAAGUCAAGAUAUUGGAGUGGCUAUCACAAAGCCCUGACCUCAAUCCUAUAGAAAAUUUGUGGACAGAACAGAAAAAGUGUGUGCGAGCAAGGAGGCCUACAAACCUCACUCAGUUACUCCAGCUCUGUCAGGAGGAAUGGGCCAAAAUUCACCCAAUUUAUUGUGGGAAGUUUGUGGAAGGCUAACUGAAAAGUUUGACCCAAGUUAAACAAUUUAAAGGCAAUGCUACCAUACUAAUUGGGUGUAUGUAAACUUCUGACCCACUGUGAAUGUGAUGAAAGAAAUAAAAGCUGAAAUAAAUCAUUCUCUCUACUAUUAUUCUGACAUUUCAGAUUCUUAAAAUAAAGUGGUGAUCCUAACUGACCUAAGACAGGGAUUUUUUACUAGGAUUAAAUGUCAGGAAUUGUGAAAAACUGAGUUUAACUGUAUGUGGUGUAUGUAAACUUCUGACUUCAACUGUAGUUCAUGUUUAAGUUCUUACUCUGCACUGUCAACACUUUUUAUUCAACACUUUGGCUAUAUAAGCUAUAAAAUGCUCGUUCUUCUUACUUCCACUCGUGCUACAACCAGCACUGCAGCUGUAAUAAAUGAGUAGGAAAGUGUAUCGAUAGGCCUGCGUCGUUAUUAUUAGCGGCUUGGGUCUUUUUUAAUAUUGAGGAAUAUUUCACUUUCUCUGUUCGUAGGAGUAACAGCAUGAAUUUGUGCAUGAGGCUGAAAUAAUGCGGUCCAACUGGAGUUUCGCCAUCAACUGGGAGACGUGCCCCUUUUUGAUCAGUGUCAGUGGAGGAAAGGGUGUUAAGGAGCGCAGUUUGGCGGGUCAUGUUUUGGGGGACGCAUGACUCGACCGUCGCCUCUCCCGAGCAUUUUUGGAAGUUGCAGCUAUGAGACAAGAUCGUAAUUGGAUAUGACGAAAUUGGGGAGAAAAAGGGGGGUAAAAUACAAAUUCAAAAAAUUACAACUGAUCUAUUACCAGUGUGAUCAUAUAUCCUACCUAAAAAAAAAUAAUUGAAUUUUAAAAAAUGGUUUGAACAACAAUGAAUUGGCAGGGAAUGUCAAGCAAAGCCAAUAUGCAGUGAUAAUGUAUUGCUCAUUGCACUUUAGCUCAUUGCACAAACCUCAUUGCUCCAGUACUGCUUUUAAUAGGUUAAUGUUGCAUAGGCUUAUGUUUUUUAAGUCAUGUUCAAAACAAUCUGAGCAGUAGAUCUCAGCUUGCAUUUUGACUCAAAGUGAUCUUGACGUAGACUCCAAAGUCAAUAUUUUAAAUACAUUUUUUAUUCUUUAAGACAAUACGUAUUUCAUAGUGCCUUCUUUUGAGAGCCUAGUUUUACCCUAAUUCAGUGGCCUGAAACUCAUAGUUUACAGGCCACAUUAGGCCUGCAAGUCACAUUAUGCUGGCUUGCAAAGUGAUAUUUAAUUCCUAUUGGAUUCCAGUGGGGAUAUCCAACCUUUUUUUUAUCAUUCACCUUCAACCUGCAUUCAGAUUGACUGCCAGGUUUGGAAAGACUAAGAUAUGAGACUACCUUUAACAUCUACUGUAAAGUGGAACAACCAAGUCCAAGUAACAGACUGGAACAGUUUAGAAAAAACGUAUAAAUUGUUUUUGAGUAACAAAAUAUUAAUUCAUCGAUCAAUGUAAAUUAAAAAACAUAGAUGUUGUUACAAGAAAAGUAAAAAAAUCUACCUGCAAUAGAGAAUGCUGGGAAAUGUGAUAAUGAUGGGUGUGAUUUUGGUUGAACGCUGGUUAUUAACACCAACCCUGAGGUUCUUUUUUAUGUUAAUUUAACAAUUUACAGAGUUAAUUUAACUCUUGAAUCAACACUAGAAAUGUUACACUGAAAAAUCAACACUAGUUAACACUGGUCAAUUUUCACAUAUGUAGACUCUGGUGUGGUACUGGAGAUAAGGAAAAUGAGGUUGAAAAGUUAACUAGGGUUUGUAUUACCCUACAAAUGGACAGCCUAUUUAAAUUACAUAAACAAUCUUGUGAAUUAACUUUGUCAGUCAUAUCAAACUUUGUCAAUGCCAUACCUUUUGUAAAUGGAAUUGGGUGGUUAUAUUUCACCAUGUUAUAGCUAAUACAGCUAACAUAUACUAAAGUGGACCUGCAAUGUUGAUGAUUUAUUUCUAUUGGGUUUUAUUGGUUAGUUAUGUAGCUGGCAAUCUGAAAUGUAUUUCUCAACCCAUAAGAAGUUAUAAUAAUCUGAAUUUAACUUGAUUUUGUACGACAGAAAUUUGAACUAUCAAAAGGUGCAAGGAGAAGCACUUUUGUUUUCAUGAGAUUUGUAGCCUACUGUUUGCUUUAUUUAUUAAUCUGCUUUCCUAAAAUGCACUAGACGUGGGUGUUUGGAAAGUCUUUCGCGCUUCGUGGUUUUAAUAGUUAAUGGUGCUUUCUGCCUGUGUGGAGUUAUCCUGUCCUAUGUAGGUAUACAUAUUUGUGUGUUUGUAAAUGAACAAAUGCUGGAGAAGACUUUUAUUAAAGGAAGUUAACUCUU